AGGAUAUAAUGCGAUUUGAGACGUGGUAUUGUUUUAGGUGUCCACUUCGCAUCACAAUGCAAGUUCGUGUUUUACUAAUGUUCGUUUAUUUCGCGGGAGUUGCUAACGCUGCAACGAGCUAUCUUCAAAAUGCCGACUUCGAGUCUGGUAAUUUUAACGGCAAUUGGUACGCCAUGGGUUGUCAAAUGACCCAGAGUAACGACGCUUACCAAGGUCAUCACAGCGUUCAUAUGUCAAACAGAAACCAAAACUGGAACGGGUUGGGGCAGAACGUUAACUUGCAUGCUGGAUCCCGAUACAAGACCACAGCUUACGUGAAAUUGCUGAAUACCGCAAACAACAAGCCGUACCAGUCUGUGAGCAUGAUGCUCAAUUGUAAAGACAGUCAUGGCGCAGAUGUAUACAAACAAUUUGGUGUAACACAGAACGUGCAGCCAGGUCAAUGGUGUGAAAUUGGGGGUGUGCUCCAUACAAACAAUGGAUACCAUACGUGCCAUAUUUACGUACAGACGGACGCACACACUGAUUACCUUGUGGAUUCUGCUAGUAUGGUAUUGGUACCGUACGAUACUAACUGGAAAACCAAGGCCAACCAGAGAAUUGAAAAAUUCAGAAAAGCCAAUAUCAACAUCAAGCUAACCGGAAAUGUCAUUGACACAACUUCCGUGGAUAUUGAGCUUAAACAGACAAAGAUGGAGUUUGCAUUUGGAUCGGCCGUUUCUGCUACCAAAAUUGUCGACCACAGCCUCUCUGCUUAUCAGAAAACAUUCUAUGACAACUUUGAAUGGGGCGUUCUUGAAAAUGCAUUAAAAUGGCGUCAGAUGGAACACACUAAGGGUCACAUUAACUAUGACAGACCUCUUAAUGCAAUAAAAGCCAUGAGGUCUCAUGGAAUCAAGAUGCGUUGUCAUUGUGCAUUCUGGGACAAAGAUGAGUAUACUCAGGACUGGGUGAAGGCUCUCCAUGGCGCAGCCGUGAGAAACGCCAUCUCUACACGUAUACAAGAAAUAACCUCCCAUACUAGAGGAAUGUGUAAGCAAUGGGAUGUGAAUAAUGAAAUGUUACAUGGUGGAACGUAUGAGAGACUUUCCGGGGAUCCAAACAUCACCAUGGACAUGUUUAGACAAAUGCACGCAGCAGACAGACAACCAUUGUUAUUCCUUAAUGAAUAUAGUGUAAUCAGCGCGUCUGAAUCUACUGUGGCACAUAAAGACACUGCAAUGCGAUAUAAGAAAGCUGGGGUACCAAUAGGUGGACUUGGAGUUCAAGGUCAUAUGCACAACAUAGAUAUAGACGUUAUCAAGGCUGAGUUAGACAUAUUGGCAGAGGCAGGACUCCCAAUAAUGAUUACAGAACUGGGUAUCAAUGAUAAGAACGAAAACAGCCGAGCAACAAAACUCGUGGACCUGUUGACGCUGUUCUUUAGUCAUCCGUCGGUAGAGGGCGUCCUAUUCUGGGGAUUCUGGGACGGCCAAAUAUGGGAAAAAGACGCUCCUCUGUUUACCGGACCAAAUCUCACGCCUAAUGCAGCCGGGAGAGCUUAUCAGAAUCUGUUUCACAACGUCUGGCGAACUAGCGAAACACAUACCAUACACGGCCAUCAGCAGCUUCAUGUGCGUGGGUUCAAAGGUAAAUACACGCUCAAUGUCAAACAUAAUGGUCACGUGUUACAGACGGAAACAUUCACGUUGGCGGACGGCGGGAAGACAUUGAGCGUUCACAUUUCAGGCCAUUCAGGAGGGACACCAUCAGUGUCUGGUGUUAUUGUUGGUUGAGCAUUAUAUGUAACAUAUAACAUAUUUCAAAAAAAUCUCACCAAAAAUGA